AUUCCUCUCAUUCCCAUUCCCUCCAGUCACGCCAAGUUGCUCAACAUGCUGCGGUUGAGUUCUUCUACAGUCCCAUGACUCUUUCAACGACUCCUGUUGUAACUUCAUUCAGGAUUUGAUUGUUUUUAGAACAUUUAAAGGCAAUUUUUCCAUCAUUGAAAAGUACCGUCGCAGAUCCAGGAACCUUGGAAAUGUGGAUGUUGUGAUCGAAGGAAUGGCGGUCUGUUAGGAAUGUUCAUAACUUUAAUAUUAGAUAGGGGUUUUUGAGUAACAUCAACCUGGAUUUGAAAAUGGGACUACAGAAGAUGCUGUGUUGUUUGUUUGUUGCUGCUUGUGUUGGGCUGAUUUCGGGAAGUCUAACGAGCUGUGAUGAAGUGCGCAAAGUUUUUCAGCUGCGGCAGAUUGGACCAGUGAAAUCACUGCCCAAGAGACCGAGAGAAGGUUCGGACCUCCAGGUGUGCCAGUCCAGGAACCUGACAUGCUGUUCUAAGAAGAUGGAGGAGAGGUAUCAGGUGGCGGCCCGGCGGGAUGUUCAGAACCUCCUCCAGACCUCCUCCGCCAGCCUCAAGUUCCUCAUCUCCAGGAACGUAGCAGCCUUCCAAGAAAGCUUUGAGUCCCUGAUAAAGGCAUCAGAGAACCACACCAACCUGGUCCUCCAGGCGUCGUACCGUAACAUGGCUGGGGAGGCGUCAGGUCUGGUGAGAGAGUUGUUAACUGACGUCGGCCUCUUCCUCCUUGGCUCCGAACUCAACGUUGAUGACAUCACCAGCCGCUUCUUCGACGCUCUCUUCCCAUUGGUCUACCACCACCUCAUCAACCCCAGCCUCAGCCGCGUCACCCCCGGUUACGCCGAGUGCGUCCGCUCCGCCCGCCGCGAUUUGUCCCCGUUCGGCGCUGCUCCGGGAGUCCUAGCCAAUCAGAUCGGGAGGUCGGGGGUCGGGGGUCGUGUGCUGUUACAGGCGCUGCACCUCGGCAUAGAGGUGAUCAACACCACGGAUCACCUGGUGUUUAGCAGGGAGUGUCGUAGAGCUCUGCUCAGGAUGCAGUACUGUCCCCACUGCCACGGACUCACCCUGUCUAAACCCUGUAUGGGCUACUGUCUCAAUGUGAUGCGUGGCUGUCUGGCUAGCAUGGCUGAGGUGGACCUCCAUUGGAGAGAAUUCGUGAGGUCGUUAGAGGGGCUGUCGGCACGCAUGCACGGAACUCAGGACCUGGAGCAAGUGCUGCUGGGAGUUCACGCCGUCGUCCACGACGCCGUCGCACAUGGUCAGAGGAACGGGCCACACCUCUCUGCACAGGUGUAUAAAGUAUGUGGUCGUCCCAGUAGACAGCCUGCCCAGUCAGUCAGCGGCCAGCAGGACGGAGCGUCCAUCCCUCUCAAAGCCUUCAUCAGAGAAACAGGAAACAGCCUGGCUACCAGGAGGAAAGAGUUCCUGAACAGUCUGCGUUUGUACCGUACCUUCUACGGUGGCCUGGCGGACCAGCUGUGUGUGAACCAGCUGGCCUCCGCCGAUGGACUGGCCUGCUGGAACGGUGCCGACGUUGUCAAGAGGUACGUGACCCCCGCAGCACCAUGGAGCGAUUCUGAAGUUCAAAAGGAGAAACUACGAGCCCUACACUGUUCCCAUCUAGCAUCUCUUUCUGUUUGUCUGUCUCCUCCUCCUCCGUUCCCCUGGGGGACCUGUCCUCUCCUCCAUCCCCUGGGGGACCUGUCCUCUCCUC